AUGGCAAAAGCACAAGGCGCCGCAACGUCAACAGUCCCGAAACUCGUUAUCGGCAAACGCUUGGUGCCUAAAAUACUCCGACGGAUAGAUCAGGAGCAUGGAGAGCAUCUCAACAUUCCUGAACAGGAAUAUCUCAUCCAGGGAAUCCUCUUGGCGGAGUGCGGGCACAUGAACAAGGGCAAUGCCAAUGUGUAUGCAGCGGAACAGGCCCACGUUUUUCGAAAAUGGCUUCCUAAACAUCUGAGCUCAGACUUUCUCGAAAAGCCGGAUAUCAAGGGCCUAUUCAAGCUUGGGCCACGAGAAGUUCUGACGGAUGAGUGCUUGAGGCGCUGUGGGUUCUACGUAGGAGCCACUAAUGGCAGUGAGGAGGCCGAGGAGAAGGGUGAGGGGCCUAGCUCUGAGGGUCGAAGUCGGCCGUCGGAGGAUACCAUCGAGACUGAGACCCAGAAGGUCAAGAAAGCCGGAAAUGAGCCGGCAUCAAGUGAUGUCGAGCCUGAGCAGUCUGCGCUCACUUCAACAGCACGAGCUGUCGCACCAGAAGCCGCUCGUCCAAAUCCAAAACCAGAUAGCGGCACCUCCCCGACGGAGAUCACAGCACCAGAAGUUGUUCGCUCGAGUCAACAGCCUGGAAGUGUGGGUGCCACAAGCAGCGCCUUAGCGGUAGGCUCCCUGGUGAAGCUGCCAGUAUCACCACAAACGACUCCAUCCGACGAUCGCACUAGCCAGGAAGGCAAGAGAAAGCAAGAGGCUCUCCCGCAGUCCAGUACGCACAAGGAGAAGAGACAGAAGCUCGAUGGCACAGCUCCAUCGUCAGCGUCGGAGAAACCCAUCCUUUCAAAGAACGAACAGAGAUGGAUCAAAAAAGCCGGCCUGCCAAAGACCCCAGCGCUGCCGCCAACCCAAGAACCCGCCGGCCGAAGCCACAUCGUACACACAGCAGACCUUAACGAGAUCAGCAAGCUGAUGGGAUCAACGAACGACGCCCUUUUCACCGCAAUGGAUUCGUAUCUCGAAGGACACAGCGUCGAGGGUGAGGCGCCGUUGACAUUCCCAGUAAGCCCACCGCCAGACCUCCAGGCUCUGUACCGCGUGCUCAUCAGCAAUGACCGCUGGCAGCACUGGGAGUCCAGCGAGCAGGGCGCGAAGGGCUUUCGGCAGGACUGGACGCUGUAUGCGCUGUUUGGCGCUUGCGUCUUACAGAAGGUGUUCCAGACGGAGCUGCCCUGGGACUCGUCGAAGGACAUUCCAGACAAACACAGAAAGUACUUCGAGUACGUCAUGAAAGACACGGGCUACAAGCCGGGCACCUGGUACGGGUUUGUGGGUACGAAGCAAAUCGCGGACUCCAAAUUCCGGGACGAUUUCGUCGUGCCUCUCGCGAGAGACUAUGCCGGCCAUACCAUCAAACUCCUGCAACCUCAUCUCACCAGCCUCGCGAAGACGGCUCAACGUCCUGGCGAGUCAGCCCGUCGCGACUGGGUAAAGCACCUCGAGAAGGCGUUCAAAGAAGCCAUCGUACUCAAGCAGACGCUCCAGUUCAGCGAGCUUGGGCCGUUCGAGUAUGAGUGGCCUCGAGCUGGCGUUGCGAUCGACCUCGAACGACAUGCCUCAAGAGGCAUUCUCACAGGUGCGAAUCGGGUUCUUUACCCUGUGUUGCCGUCCAUUCUCCAGCGGAAGCGCGAUCGCGAGCCCGUCAUCUUCUACCGAGCAACCGUUGUCCAGGCGGCGACUGAGGAGCGCAUCUCAAACAAUACAGCGGUGGAUGGUGAGAAUUGUAUAGGGUACCAGGACAGCGAGAGAGCGCCCAUCAAUCGAGAGUGA